GUGCACGUGGCAGCCAUCUUUGUUUCAGGCAAAUUCCCCUCACAGCUCUAUUGGGAGUCCUGGCACAGCAGAGAAAGCCCGCAGGAAACGUGGAGAAGAUUCCUGGCGAAACUACUGAGGAAGAGACUUAUGUGUUAUUGGAAGUUUGCGAUCUAAUGCAGGAGUCUAAAUAUACUGACUACAUAGAUCGAAGAUCAUCUCCUGCGUCAUCUCUCUCUCAUCAUCGCGUCUGAAGAAACAAAUACAAUCCCAAGGAAAAAUCUGAAACAAUCCAUAAAGAGGAGUUUGGGAUUAAAAGUGCCGCCACUCGCAGCCAAGGAGCCCCAAUCUCCGGUGGAUAAAGUGUUUAGUGAGCAAAAUAGAAACAUUCAUAGAAAUUUGAGGUUCUGUUUGAUACUUCUUGAUACUUUGGAUCCAAACUUGGCCAUACACAAAUGGAUCAAACCACAAAGAAAACCUUUCCGUGUUCCAAAUGCGGUAAACAUUUUACCACAAUGGGAAAUUGUAUCAGACACGAGAAAAUCCACGCAAGAGGGAACCCGUUUGCCUGCUCUAAAUGUGAGAAAUGUUUCAACUUAAUAGGAGAUCUCCGUAAGCAUGAGAAAAUUCAUACCAGAGAGAAACCGUUCGAGUGUCCCGAGUGUGGAAAAUGUUUCACCUAUAAGGAAUCGCUUACUGUGCAUCUGAGAAGUCAUACCGGAGUGAGACCGUAUUCAUGUGCUGAGUGCAGGAAAUGUUUCACCUCAAAGCAACAACUUAUCCAACAUGAACGAUGUCACACCGGCGAGAAACCGUUUGCGUGUUCGGAAUGCGGUAACCGUUUUUAUACAAAGCAAAAUCUCAAGUGGCAUGAGCGAGCUCACACGGGGGAGAAGCCGUACAUGUGUUCAGAAUGCGAGAAAUGUUUUUUUACGAAGGGAGAUCUACAGAAACACAAGGCGUUUCACAGCGGAGAUAAACCAUUUGCGUGUCCAGAGUGCGGAAAACGUUUCAUCAUGAAGUCAGGACUCACCAGACACAUGCGCUUUCAUACUGGAGAGAAGCCAUUCGUGUGUCCUGAAUGCGGGAAAUGCUACCCUAGGGCGGAAAGCCUCAGUUAUCAUAUCAAAACGCACACGGGAGAGAAACCGUUCGCGUGUCCUGAAUGCGGGAAAUGCUUCACUUUGACAGGACACCUCCAUGCUCAUAUGAGAACGCACAUGGGAGAGAAACCGUUCGUGUGUCCUGAAUGUGGCAAAGGUUUUAUGAAAGAGGAAAAUCUCACGUUCCAUGAAAGGAUCCACACAGGAGAAAAGCCAUUUGCGUGUUCCGAAUGUGGAAAAUGUUACACGUCCAAGACCGCGCUCAGCAUUCAUGAGAAACUUCACACCAGAGAGAAACCGUUUGCGUGUUCCGAAUGCGGAAAAUGUUUUGCUACAAAGCCGGAGCUCACCGUACACGAGAAAUUCCACAUCAGCCUGAAGUCAUUUGCGUGUUCGGAAUGCGGAAAGUGUUUUCGUAGUCCCUCAGAACUCAAGCAGCAUGAGCAAUUUCACACGGGGGAGAAGCCGUAUGCGUGUUCGGAAUGCGAGAAGUGUUUUUUGACGAAGCCAGGGCUGCGGAGACACGAGCUGUUUCAUCGUGGAGAAAAACCAUUUGCGUGUCCGGAGUGCGGAAAAUGUUUUAUCUUAAAGGGAGAAUUGAACGCACACAAGCGAUGUCAUACUGGAGAGAAACCAUUCUCAUGUCCUGAAUGCGGGAAACGCUGCGCUACGACGGGGAGCCUCAGUGAUCAUAUCAGAACGCACACGGGAGAGAAACCAUUUGCGUGUUCUGAAUGUGAGAAAUGCUUCGCUACAUUGAGAAACCUCCGUGCUCACAAGAGAGUGCACAAGGGAGAGAAACUGUUCUCAUGUCCUGAAUGCGGGAAAUGCUUCGGUACACUGGGGAACCUCAGUGCUCACAAGAGAACGCACACGGGAGAGAAACCAUUCUCAUGUACUGAAUGCGGGAAAUGCUUCGCUGCGAUGGGGAACCUCACUGCUCAUAUGAGAACGCACACGGGAGAGAAACCAUUUGCGUGUUCUGAAUGUGGGAAACGUUUCGCUAGACAAGAUAACCUUGAUAUACAUGUAAGGUUACACAAAGGAGAAAACCCGUUUGUGUGUUCUGAAUGUGGGAAAUGUUUUACCACGCAGGGAAGCCUUAAUCAACAUGAGAAGCUUCACACUGGGGAGAAAUCAUUUGUGUGUUCUGAAUGUGGGAAAUGUUUUUUGAGAAUGGUGGAGCUCACGUACCACGAAAGGAUCCACACAGGAGAAAAGCCAUUCGCGUGUACCAAAUGUGGAAAAAGUUACACGACCAAAAGCUCGCUUGUAACUCAUGAGAAAAAUCACAAAGGGAAACCAUUUGCGUGUUCCGAAUGCGGAAAAUGUUUUCCCACAAAGUCAAGGCUCACCGCGCACGAGAAAUACCACACAGGCGAGAAGUCGUUUGCGUGUUCGGAAUGCGGAAAGUCUUUUCGUACAAAACCCCAACUCAAGCAGCAUGAGCGAACGCACACGGGAGAGAAACCGUACGCGUGUUCGGAAUGCGGAAAAUGUUUUAACACAAAGCCGGAGCUCUCCAUACACGAGAAAUACCACACAGGCGAGAAGUCAUUUGCGUGUUCGGAAUGUGGACAGUGUUUUUAUACCAAACCACAUCUCAAGCGGCAUGAGCAGAUUCACACGAGAGAGAAACCGUCCACAUGUUCGUAAUGCGGAAAAUGAAGUCUGAGGUCAGUCGACAUCUGAGGACUCACACGGGGGAGAAACCGUUUUCACACCAAGUCACACCUGAGUAGGCAUGAGAGGACUCGCACCGGGGAGAGGCCGUUUGCGUGUUCUAGAUGCGAAAAACGUUUUCACACGAGCGAGCACCGGAAUAGACACGAGAAAACACACAUUUCAAAGGGUCCAACUGCAUAGAGGAACGUGGACAGA